AUGGCAAUUGCGGGAGCUUUCGUUGGACAGGUGAACGCCAGCGAUCCGGAUGAGGCUCAAAACGGCCUGGUACUCUACUCUCUGCUCUGUCCUGGGGGUCGUUUCUCGAUAGACCCCUUAACGGGCCGUAUAUUCGUGGCUUGGCCGUGGAACAGCCUGAUUUUGGGGCCGUCGCUAGCUGCUGCUGGUUGCAGCUAUAUUCCAAACGAAAGCAACAACAAUGUCAGCAGCGAUCAGCAUAUCGAAGUUCGGUGUGAAGUGAAAGCUUCAAAUCGAGACGCUUUAUCCAGCAGCAGCUUGGAAACUAAGGCUAUGGUCACCAUUGAAAUCCCGCUCAAUGACGACGCCCAGCAUACACCGGAAGAAGUAUCGAGCACAUCAACCGAAUUCGGUGGAUAUGAAAUGGCCCAGUUUGACUACCUGGGCAAUUCGCUUCCGCCGGAACUUGGGCACGAGCCUUUUGGGGAGAUGCGGCAGCAGCAGGAUGAGAAGGGGCAGGAAGGCCUGCAGGGCCAGCAGAUUACCCGACGAUCUGCUCUCAUCGGGCCUAGAAUUGGGUUCAUUCGAGCCAAUUCACCGCCUCUUACUAACAUUCUACAACUGCGUCGGUCUUCGGUCAGCAGAUUACCCGACGAUCCCUCUUNUCACUAUCGGAUUUUGGAUGACGAUUUAGCAAAGGUCCAAAUGUCGUCUUAUAUUUGUGCUGUUAUUCGAGAUACCGAAAUGAGCAAUUAA